UCCAGUAGUAGCAGCAGAAUGCAAAAAUUCCCUAAACAUAUUAAUCCAAAGGAAGUAAACCUUCCCUACUGAGAACUUCAUACUGUAUAAGAGCCAACACACUCAGGGAAUCAGACAAAACAUGGCCCAGCUCUGAAAAACAACUGCAACGGGAAGUGCUGCUGAAGUUGGACUUGAGUGGAUUUUGCAAACCCCUCAGCAAGGCUUCUAUUUUCUGUUCCUUCUCUGUGGACUCAACCUGUAGGACUUCAAAGGAGGUAACAGUCAGAGUCCUCCGGGUGGUUGAAGGUCUUGGCCAGGGAGACAAUUUCUCUCCAUCUCUGUUACCCAAGGCUGGCAAACUCACCCUGCCUCAAGGGCAGGAGGAUGCAGGAUGAAGAAGGCUACACGACACUGAAACUCCGGUCCAAACAAGGGAAGCCUUCCCCUCCGCCUCCAGAUUCUCAUCAAUAUCCCCAUUGGCACGAGGUUACUCUGAAACUGGAAUGUGCAGUGAACAUUCUCCUCCUUCUGGCAGUGCUAACGCUGUGUUCUUUGGUUUUAAAACAGAUGAACUCACUGGAAUGCCUGCAGUUUGGCGCAGGAAAUGCAGCUGAAAGUAGCAGUUGCCCAGGAACAAGUCCAGAUGGAAACGAUCCCUCAACAGUGGUACCCACUCUACGAACAUGCCCAGAAGACUGGCAGCUGCACCAAGGGAAAUGCUAUUGGUUUUCCAACGGGAGUAGAAUCAGAACCUGGAAUGACAGUGACGCCGACUGUGAGGGAAGGAAGUCAAAUCUGACUGUGAUUCGGGAUAUGUGUGAACUGGGCUUCAUCUGGUCAAAGAUACCACAGUCAUGCAAAUAUUGGAUCAGGCUGCCUAUUCAAAACGCUGAAGGCAACUGGACCUGGUCAAAUGACUCUGUCCUUAACUGGAGUCUGUUCAAGGAUAACAACCCGACAAAUGAAAAGAAUGAGGGGCAGGAAAAUAAACAAUGUGAAAUGGACCCCCACAGAGAUCAACAGAACAAGAAGCUCAAGGAAAACAAACGUGCCCAGGAAAAUCCUAAAAAUGAAAGGAAGAAGAAGCAGGCAAAUAAAUAUCAUGAAAAGCACAAACCCUCAGAUAAAAAGAACCAGUGUCCUGUGCUCUCAUGGGGAUAA